AUGGCCGCCACGAGUGACGACGAGAAAGAGUUCUUUGCAAUAUCUAAGAUUGGCAAAGGUAGUGACCAACAUUGUUGCGUCCCUAGCUGUAACAGCAAUGGUCGUCGCCAUCAAGUUUCAUUCCACAGAUUUCCUCAGGCUGGUGCAAGGAGAAACUCGUGGAUUCAGGCAAUCAGAAGAGACCCUGGACCACUAUUCAAUAUCAAUGCAUCCACAUUUGUGUGUUCCUUGCACUUUACAAAAGAGGACUUCAAGUGGACACCAGUUAGGAAAACUCUGACAGCAGAUGCUGUACCAACAGUGUUUAGUUGGACAAGAGAUUUCACCCCAAGAAAAGCUCAUUUUAAACACAUCACACCAAACAAGAAGACUAAGCUGCAGUCAGAGCAUGAGAUGAUGGAUAGUAUUUCAGAGGAGGUUAACCAGGAAGAAGAUAUUGAAGAAUCUGAAGAAAAUUUGGGGGAUACUAGUGGUGUGGUAGCUGAAAACAUAGAGAAAGAACUAGAGAGAAAGUUGAAAGAGAGAGAUGAAGAGAUUAAACAGUUAAAGGAGAAGUUAAGAAUAGAACGUUUUGGGGUGUGCAGAUUUUCUAAUGAUAAUUCAAUGAUUAUGUUUUUUACUGGUUUUUCCACUUAUACUUUGUUCUUGGCUUUCUUUAAUUACAUUCAACCAGCUGCUAAUUCUAUGACCAGCUAUUAUUAUAAAGCCACUGACACUGUUAAUUUGUCUGUUUCCAGACAAAGGACUAUGGUUUUAAUAGACGAGUUGCUUAUGUUUCUGUGCAGACUAAAGUGUGGUUUAUUUGAGCAAGAUUUAGCUUGUAGAUUUAAUGUUCAUGUUUCAACUGUUAGUAGAAAAUUAAUAACCUGGUCAAAUUUUUUGUACUUUGUACUGGGUAGUAUAAAUAUAUGGCCAACAAGGAAUCAAAUUCAGAACAAAAUGCCUCAGGUUUUUAAAACUUUGUAUCCUACUACUAGAGUAAUUAUUGACUGUACUGAGAUACCAACUGAGAGACCAUCAUCUUUGGCUCUCAAUUCUAAGUUUUAUUCUACUUAUAAGAGUACACAUACUUUUAAAAGUCUUGUUGGUAUUGCACCACAUGGUGCCCUUAUUUUUAUUUCUUCAUUGUAUACUGGUAGUAUGUCUGAUGUUGAGAUAACAAAGCUUUGUGGUUUAGUUGAACUUUUAGAGGAAGGUGAUUCCAUUAUGGCUGAUAAAGGUUUUGUAUUAAAUAAUGUUUUAUCUGGAACUGGCAUAACUGUCAAUACACCCCCAUUCCUUAUGAAUAAGGGUCAGUUCACUAAGCAGGAGGUAGAGGAAACUCAAACUAUUGCUCGCCUUAGGAUACAUGUUGAAAGGCACAUUAGAAGAGUAAAAGAAUUUCACCUUUUUGACAGACCUAUACCUCUGAGCAUGAUUGGUUCAAUCAAUCAAAUUUGGACUGUUGCUAAUAUUCUGACACUUUUCAGAGGUCCACUUGUAAAGCAGUGGCAGUGA